AAAAGCUCCCUCUUCCACAAGCCCCUUUAAACUCUAUGCCACAACUGCGUAUCCACCAGCAGCUACUGCAUAUCCAACCCCAUCUCCUUAUUCUGCAUACCCAUCAGCCGCAUAUCCACCACCUCCACAAGCCUCGCCGUAUUACCCUCCAGGUCCUUUUCCUGGUCUUCAUUUCCACCCACGGUACUGAGGGAGAGAGUGAGAGUCCAGUAUGCAUAAGUGAAGAUGCAAACAUUUGGAUCCACCGUAGUUGUCAUCUUAUUUGAUGAGCUACCAAAGGAGAGAUGCUGGGGAGGUAGAGAGUUCUACAACUGGGAAGGAUUUUGGUACCGAAGUGACUUCCUUUCAGCUGCCAUAUCUACAAGGUCAUAUUUUAAAGCACGUGAUGAUGAUGUCAUUUUAGCUUCCUCUAUGAAGACAGGCACUACCUGGCUAAAGGCUUUGAUACCAUCCAUCAUGCACCGCAAGCAAGAUCAUAACGAUGCUGUUGCUGAUGAUGAUAGUGAUCCUUUGAUCAAAAACCAUCCAAAUUCACUUAUGCCAUCUUUUGAAGUUCAAAUCUUCAAAGAAAAUCCGAAAGCUGAUCUCUCAGGUAUGCCUUCUCCCAGACUAUUCAGAACCCAUGUGCCAUAUAUGAUGUUACCGGAUUCUGUCAAGGAAUCUGGUUGCAGAAUUGUGUACAUUACUAGAGACCCCAAGGAUGCAUUUGUUUCAUUGUGGCACUUCAUUAAUGCAAACGCGAGACCAGAACAAGGUGUGUGCGCUUUAGAUGAAUCCUUUGAGAGUUACUGCGAAGGGAUUCAUCACUUCGGACCUUUCCAUGAUCAUGUUUUGAGUUAUUGGAAGGAGAGUUUAAAGAGGCCUGAGAAGAUACUUUUCUUGAAAUAUGAAGAGCUGAAGAGAGACCCCAAAUGUCAAGUUCAAAAACUGGCUUCUUUUCUUGGAAGGCCUUUUGUUGAUGAGGAAGAGAUCGACAAGAUAAUAUGGAGGUGUAGCUUGGAAAGGCUUAAGAAUUUGGAAGUGAACAAAAAUGGGACAGACCCUAAUACUGGGAUUUUCUAUAAAUCAUAUUUUAGGAAAGGCUCUGUUGGGGAUUGGAAGAAUUUUUUGUCUGAAGAGAUGAAAGAACGCCUUGAUAACAUUACCCGGAUGAAGUUAGAAGGCUCUGGUUUGGAUCUUUAAGUUUCUUGAGCCACACAAAGUUUGUGUUUAAGGUUUGCUGCAAGUAAUGCUGUCUCAUGAUGGUUUGAACCCUUCGUAUAACAUAAUAUUGUUCAAGGUUCCAUAACCCUCCUCCAUCUCUCCCUCCCUCCUCCUCCUUCAUACCACCUUCAUUUGUGUUUUUUUCUUUGUUUAUAUUUUUCAAUAAUGGUUGGGUGUACCUCCCCACUAAUCUGAGGAUUUUAUCUUCAGAUAUGGUGGAUUUGCCAACUGAUUUGAGGGUUUUGUCUUCAAAUUUGGUAGUUUGUGGUGGCGGUGACGUCUAUCUUAUGGUAACUUUGAUCAAGCUUAUGAAGGAUCUAUCUUAAGGUUGCAGCACAUGCUCCUUUCUUUGGCGAGAUUUUAAGGCAGAUGUUUCAAGGCCCCAGUCUGCCUCUCAAAAAGAGUUUUAUCUCUUUGUUAGUCUGUUUGUGGCAUCUGUUAUGUUCUUGGGCCUUUCCUUUCUUCUUGAUUUAAGAGUUUGUUUUUAUUAAUAUGUUUCAAGAGGAGUAUCCUCACUUAUGAA